CCACCACCACCUGCCUUGCACAUAUGGAGACAGUAUAUAUAGCACCGUAAAUCAUUAAUACUGGUGAGGCCACAGGUCGACCCAGCAGUCUUACCCUGAAGACCCAAACGACCGCUCCUCCAGCAGACCACUUGAUACACUGCCAUCAUGUGUGACGACGACGCAACAGCUCUGGUUUGUGACAACGGCUCCGGCCUCUGUAAGGCUGGCUUCGCCGGCGACGACGCUCCCCGCGCCGUAUUCCCCUCCAUCGUCGGCCGUCCUCGUCACCAGGGUGUGAUGGUCGGUAUGGGUCAGAAGGACGCCUACGUCGGUGACGAGGCCCAGAGCAAGAGAGGUAUCCUGACUCUCAAGUACCCCAUCGAGCACGGCAUCAUCACCAACUGGGACGACAUGGAGAAGAUCUGGCAUCACACUUUCUACAACGAACUGCGUGUUGCCCCUGAGGAGUCCCCCGUCCUCCUCACUGAGGCUCCCCUCAACCCCAAGGCCAACCGUGAGAAGAUGACCCAGAUCAUGUUCGAAACUUUCAGCGGUCCAGCCAUGUACGUGGCCAUCCAGGCCGUGCUGUCCCUGUACGCCUCUGGUCGUACCACAGGUAUUGUGCUGGACUCUGGUGAUGGCGUGACUCACACUGUCCCCAUCUACGAAGGUUAUGCUCUUCCUCACGCCAUCAUGCGUCUCGACUUGGCUGGUCGCGAUUUGACCGACUACUUGAUGAGGAUUCUCACAGAGCGUGGCUACUCCUUCACCACCACGGCUGAACGAGAAAUUGUGCGAGAUAUCAAGGAAAAACUCUGUUACGUAGCUCUCGACUUCGAAGGAGAGAUGGCUCAGGCUGCUGCUUCUACCGCCAUUGAGAAGUCGUAUGAACUCCCUGAUGGACAAGUUAUUACUAUUGGUAAUGAACGGUUUCGUUGUCCAGAGGCUCUUUAUCAACCAUCUUUCCUGGGUAUGGAAUCCAGUGGCGUUCAUGAAACUGUUUACCACUCUAUCAUGAAGUGUGAUGUUGACAUCAGGAAGGACCUUUAUGCCAACACCGUCAUGUCUGGUGGUACCACCAUGUACCCUGGUAUUGCUGACCGCAUGCAGAAGGAAAUCACUACAUUGGCUCCCUCCACCAUUAAGAUCAAGAUCAUUGCUCCUCCCGAGCGUAAGUACUCCGUCUGGAUCGGUGGCUCCAUCCUGGCCUCUCUGUCCACCUUCCAGUCCAUGUGGAUCACCAAGGAGGAGUACGAGGAGUCCGGCCCCGGCAUUGUCCACCGCAAGUGCUUCUAAAUUACAAUUUUGUGAUAUACCAUCCCUUUUGCUACAUAACAAUUUGUUCCUGUAAAGCCAAUUGUCAUUUCGAUCUUGGUGCCUCAACUUCCAGCAAGGUAUAACCCACAUUGGGUGGUGAGGACCUCUAUUAUAUCUUAAAUAACGUUGUUAUGCGGUUGUGUACCAUCGAUUAAUUCCUAAAAUAAAACAGUAUCCUAAUUA